AAACACACCAACAUUUCGAUACCAACACUCUGCGUCCUCAUUCUGCGCUCUUUACCAGAAUUUCCCACAACGUCAGUCUUGUGUCAGUUUCACUUGUAAGAGACAAGAAUCAGCCGCUCCAUAAAGAGAGAACUUAGAAGAGAAUUUUUCACACAAAAAUCAUUUUGCAGUGUGUGACGGAAAAAUCCGGAAAAACAUCCAACGGAGUCAGUUAAUGUGCAGGAAAAUUUAAAGUUUUUAAUACAAUGGCGCGCAAUAUACUGAAUUCACCCGUCUACAAGCAAUUGCAUUUAGGAGCUUUUGGACGUACCUUGGGUGUCUGUGGGGUAUCCAAGAAGGAAAUUUCGGUGCCUCAGAGGGAAUACCAUGAGGUCAAUGGGGAUAUUCCGUGUCCUUCAAUGCUCCAGGGUAUUGAUCACCUGCGAGAUCCACGAUUAAACAAGGGGUUGGCUUUUACUCUCGAGGAACGUCAGGUACUCGGUAUCCACGGACUCCAACCGGCACGAUUCAAGUCUCAAGAGGAGCAACUGCAGCUCUGCAAAAUAUCAAUUGAUCGGUAUAAGGAGGACUUGAAUAAAUACCUCUACCUCGUGGAUUUACAGGAUCGAAACGAACGCUUAUUUUUCCGACUUCUCAGUGAGAAUGUAAAGAACAUGAUGCCCAUCGUUUACACCCCAACUGUUGGAUUAGCUUGCCAGAAAUUUGGGCUCAUCUAUCGUCGCCCUCGAGGUCUCUUUGUAACAAUCAAUGAUCGCGGGCACGUGUUUGAUGUGAUCAAGAACUGGCCUGAACCAGAUGUCCGUGCUAUCUGCGUCACAGAUGGUGAGAGAAUUCUCGGCUUAGGUGAUCUGGGGGCCAAUGGGAUGGGUAUCCCCGUGGGAAAGCUCUCACUCUACACUGCCCUUGCGGGUAUUAAACCCCAUCAGUGUCUUCCAAUCCUCCUGGACGUUGGCACCAAUAACAGGGAUCUCCUCGAGGAUCCCCUGUACAUUGGGUUGCGCCAAGAGAGGGUAACAGGAGAGGCAUACGACGAGUUUAUUGAUGAAUUUAUGCGUGCUGUUGUGAAAAAAUACGGACAAAAUGUCCUCAUUCAAUUUGAGGACUUUGGCAAUCACAAUGCUUUCCGUUUCCUGGAUAAGUACCGUCACUCCUACUGCACAUUCAAUGAUGAUAUUCAAGGAACUGCCGCUGUUGCCGUUGGUGGGCUAUAUGCAUCAAAGAGAUUAACAGGAAAACGUUUUACUGACCAUCAAAUACUCUUUGUGGGUGCCGGUGAGGCAGCCAUUGGAAUUGCUGAUCUCUGUGUGCGUGCAAUGAUUGUGGAAGGAUGUACAUUGGAGGAGGCACGAAAUAAGAUCUGGAUGACUGAUAUUGACGGGCUCCUUGUCAAAGGGCGAGAACAUCUCGAAGGACACAAAGCGUACUACGCAAAGGAUACCACACCAAUGAAGGAUCUUCUCGAAAUUGUUAAAACAAUCAAACCGAGCAUACUUAUUGGGGCAAGUGCUCAACCGGGUCUCUUCACCAAGGAAGUUCUCGGAGAAAUGGCUGAGAAUAAUCCAAAACCAAUUAUUUUUGCCCUCUCAAAUCCCACGGAUAGGGCAGAAUGUACGGCUGAACAAGCUUUUGAGCAUACAGAGGGACGAGUGAUAUUUGCAUCUGGAUCUCCAUUCCCACCUGUUCAGUACAAUGGGAAAACUUACUACACGGGACAAGGCAAUAAUGCAUACAUCUUCCCAGGAGUUGCUCUUGGGGUGAUUGCGACUGAAACGCACCAUAUACCGGAGGAUAUGUUCUUAAUUGCAGCUCAAGAGCUUGCAGAUUGUGUUACCGAAGCAGAUCUCAUGCAAGGAUCUCUCUAUCCUGAUUUAGCGCGUGUCAAGGAGGUUUCCCUUAAUAUUGCCAUUGGAAUUACCAAGUUUGCUUACGUCAAAGGACUCGCCUCGACGUACCCGGAGCCGCAUGAUAAGAGACAAUGGCUGCUGGAUCAGCUCUAUAACUUCAACUAUGAGAGCUCAAUGCCAAUAACUUGGACAUGGCCAAAGGCAAAAGAAAUAAAAACGCGCGAAUUAGUUCCCACCAAACUCACCGAAAGGGAAGAAUAAACAGACACACCCUAAAAAACAAAGCAUUAUUUAAACUAAAUAAAAAAUAAAUAAUAAAUUAAAUCAAUUGCAAAAAGUCUAUCGAACAAACAUUUUAGAGAUAACAGUAUUUUCACUAAAUAAGUCAAUAUAUAAUUCUACGUGACUAUAAGUAGAGAGAAAGCAAAAGUCGUUAGUUUGUGCCACAAUAUUAAAUUAUUUAUGACUUAUUUAAUUUUUUGAGGAGUGAGAGAAAAAGAUAAAAUCUUUUUGAAUUAUUUAUUGUAAUUUCGUUUUUAGAUAAAAACAAAUUCAUUUAGAAUUUCUAAUUAAUUUAAAUUUACAAAAAAAACCCAACAAUUUGACCGUCGAAGCGUUCUUAAAGAAACAAAAAUGUGUUGACUAUUUUUCAAGAAAACAAAAUUCAUUCUAAAACUCUACGUAUAUCCCAUAAUAUAUAAUAAAAAAAAAUAGUUAUGUCCUGUUGACGAAAAGAAUGUGGACUAGUGUUGCAAAAUAAAUGUUUCCACUAUUC